AAUCCUACGGCGACGUUAGGACAAGACCAUUUGGCCAGCCCAGCCCAACCCCACUCUAUCUUGUCGGCUUUAGUAAACGCCAGCAGCCGCGGACGGCUCUUCGGGCAGACAAAGCGCAGCGUGGACCUCAGUACACCAAAAGGGACUUUUAGUGGAUAAGACAACCGAUUAACGUUGGGCGUGGUAGACUAGAAGAAAAGUCGUCUUCCUCCCAGCUAAAGUUGGAAGAAAGUAGCUGUCGCCAUGUCACUGUCGGUACCGCAGAACGGCGUAAAGGCGGAUAACGAGCCAGUUAUUGAGCUGUUUGUCAAGAAUUAGUCAAGCCUUCCAAUAUAAAUUUCAAACUGAAAGGUGGAUGGGAGGUUGUUGGAAAACAGCUGCCGUACAAUGGAAGCCAGCAGAUGAAAGAGGGUCAUCUCACUGUGUGUUACAGAGUGGACAACAGCAGACAGACUGUUCACACCAGAAAGGAAUUUUAAAACAAAGUCUUCCAUUCAUCGACGGAUUUGGAUUUUUUUCUUCUUCCUGUUUUCAAAUCAAGGCUGGAAGCGAUGGAGAGAGCAUUGGAAACUGUCCUUUCUCCCAACGACUGUUUAUGAUCCUGUGGCUGAAAGGCGUCGUCUUCAACGUCACCACAGUUGACCUCAAGAGGAAGCCUGCAGAUCUGCAAAACCUUGCCCCAGGUACACAUCCUCCCUUCGUCACCUUCAAUGGCGAAGUCAAAACAGAUGUCAACAAGAUCGAAGAGUUUCUCGAGGACAUCCUCUGCCCACCCAAGUACAUCAAACUUGGCGCAAGACACCCAGAGUCAAACACGGCUGGAAUGGAUAUCUUUGCCAAGUUUUCAGCCUUCAUUAAGAACUCCAAACCAGAUGCAAAUGAAGGCCUGGAGCGUGGGCUGCUGAAGACGCUGCAGAAGCUGGAUGAAUAUCUUCGCUCACCCUUGCCUGAUGAGAUUGAUCACAACAGCAUCGAGGAUGUGAAAGUUUCUACCCGCAAGUUCUUGGAUGGAGAGGAAAUGACCCUAGCCGACUGCAAUUUGCUACCAAAGCUUCAUAUUGUCAAGGUGGUGGCCAAGAAAUACAGAGGUUUUGACAUCCCCAAAGAGAUGACGGCCAUCUGGAAGUACUUGAACAACGCCUACACGCGUGAAGAGUUCACCAACACCUGCCCUAGCGACAAGGAGAUCGAGAUCGCGUAUGCGGAUGUAGCCAAGAGGCUUGUCAACUAAGCUCACCUGUCUCAAAGCCUCCACCCCCAGUACCUCUACACGCCCACCCUGCAGCACAUGAACUGAAGUGCUAACACAUGAGAAAGAAAAACUCUACACAUCUUUGCCCCUCUACCACUUCAUCAACAUUACAUCAGUAGUUCAUUCGGAAAAUGUCACCUUUAUACAAUAAUCACUUUUGAUUUGCUGAUGAAUUGUGAAGUGCUAGCACAGUGAAGCAGCCAGCCAAUUCUUAAUAAGUGCUUAUCAAAUUCACUCUCUGAUAAGUGACCUUCAUAAUGACCUUCUCUCUGCAUGCAGAGGAAAGGCCGUUAAUGACUGCCUGGUUGUAAAACCAAUGGGGGAAAAAAAAUCUCUCAGAAGCAUUUUUUGUCCAGUCUUUUGACUUGUGAACAGUGUUUAGUCUUUCAGUGUUUUUGACAGAAACGAAUCCAAACCUGUGGAAUCUAAUUGAAGUGCUAAAUGAGGUCUUUUAUUUGAGGUAGAUAGCUGGUAUCCAAGCAGGUGAAACCAUUUUGUAGCUCUGCAGGCAAAUCUUUUCAGAGACUAAGAAUCAGAGGUUUAACAUCUUCAUCCAUAUGUAGCUUACAUCUAUAUCUCAUUCAGGCCUUGUGUGAUUCACCACAUCGACAUGGAAAAGAGCUAGCUGCAGAAAUAAUAAUGCCAAAAAGGUUUUCGAAAUUGAAGCAUUCAGCUGGAGUACCAGUGAAGGUGAAUGAAAAUUUGGGUCUGACUGUCGAAGUGAAAUAGAAUGUAGAUGUUUAGACACCAAUCUGCAGUCAAUGUUGUCGAUGGUUAAUGAUUCGGAAAGAAUCAAGCAUCAAAACGAAUUCUUCAGUCCAUCUUGAAGUAGUGAAUGUAUUGAUUAAUACAGUAGCUCAAAAAGUGCUUUAACAUAUAGUGCGGUAAAACGAAACAUUUUCUCCCACUUUUUCAUGUUUUUGUUAUGAGACGAAUUUGCUUAAAAAGGAAUUGUAAAUAUUUUUUUGAUUGCUUAAAUUUCUUGUGUAAAUUUUAUACAUUUCAUGGUCUAGGUUUGAUGAAAUGGGCCAGUUCAUGCCCGCUCGACUGAUAUUUUAGAUGAAUUUUCAUCUCUGCCUUACUUGUCUCUGCAGGAUCAUUUUAAUUCAACGUGCAUUUGCACCAAGAUAAUAUGAAAGCUGUGCUCUGUUUAUUUUUUUCCCCUGCCUUAAAACACCAAAUUUAAAUAAACUUAUUAUUUCCAGUG